AUGGAUAUUCUUUGUACACAUGUUCCUGCUGUUACUCUCAGCCUGACUAGCUUUGACCAGUGGCUUACCAUCCAAGAGCAGCUCGCUGGGCAUUGGAACAAGACUGACCCGACCUUCGCCAAUGAUUACCAAGCGAUGCAGCAGUACUUCGCAAGCAUCACAUCCGAAAGCAACGGCUGGAUGUGGGAUGGACGACGGUGUGGAGAUAGUGAAUUCGUAUUUGACCUGGCGACGCGGUUGCGGAAUAUCGUGGUGGAGCAGGUCGACACCGCAGUGAAUCGGCCAACCCAGUUCAAUCGUCGCGGCGAGAUGGUGUGCUACUUUGCGGCAUUCGCUAUCGUAUCCCUAAUCCAGCGCUUUGUCGUCUGUGCCCACGGAACAAUGGGCCAUCAGCAGAUCGAGUCCUUGCUGGCAAAGAGGUUCAGCAAGGUCGAUUCGCAAUAA